GCGGCGGAGGGCACAGAAUGAACGUGUGGGGGUGAGCGAGGAAGGGGGGAUAGCGGCGCCGGUACUUCUCAAGGUCCCCGCCCUUGGGAAGCGACCAGCCAUGCAUCCUAACAUGACAUCCAAGGAGGCGGAGGGGCCACCGGAGCAGGUGGAGCCAGUGGACCUGAGCGUGAGGACCACCAAGCUGCACGAGAAGGAGGCUGACUUGCCCAUCAGGAGCUUCAAGGAUCACUCAGGAGUCGUUCUCAAGGUGCCCACCAUCUCCUCCCUCGCCCUCCAAAGCAUCGGUGUGGGGGUUGACCUCUCCCUCAAAAAUGAACACGACUCCCCUCCCGGCGCAGAGCCCUUCAGCGUGAGUCUCGAGGCAGCCCUGCGGACGGGCUCCACCACCCUCCUCUCCAUCAGCAAAUUAAGAGAAGCAUCGUUGAUGUCUUACAGGGCGCUGUGCGGGAAGAGGUCCCUCAGCGAGAGCCCCUCGCCGCCGCCCUCCUCGGGCCCGCCGGUGGCCCACCUCGCCUCCUCGGGCGUCUCCGUGUCCAUCUCCUCCGCCGCCGCCGUCACCGCUGCCACGCUCCUCUCACCUUCUUCACACUCACUCAUCUCCUCGUCGUCGUCAUCGUCGUCGUCCCCUCCAUCUCCUCCCACGGGCGCGCGGACACCAGGACGGCCGCCUCCCCCAACUGCCGAUUACACGGACGCACUCCGGCGGCGAAAGGUCCACAAGUGUGACUUUGAAGGCUGCGAAAAGGUGUACACCAAAAGUUCGCACCUCAAGGCACACAAGCGCACACACACAGGAGAGAAGCCGUACCAGUGCACGUGGGACGGCUGCAUGUGGAGGUUCGCACGGUCGGACGAGCUGACGCGCCACUACCGCAAACACACGGGCCAGAAACCCUUCAAGUGCCAGCUGUGUCAGCGAUCCUUCUCGCGGUCAGACCACCUCUCGCUGCACAUGAAGCGGCACUGAGGGCGCGGCGCCGCGGGCUGGUAAUCUCCCCGUCCGCGGGUGCCGGGACCGCUUGGUCCUCGCCCUCCCGCGCGGAGGUGCUGAGGGACGGAGAAAAUACGUGCCAAGGGCGCCUCCAUGAAGCGCGCAUCACUGGACUCCGGGGAUAAGCGCAGGGGGCGGAGGCUGCAGCCGGAGUCUGGCCUCGCAUCCCCCCUGUGUCGGCGUGGCCCGGACACCGCGCUGGCUGGCUUCUCUUCCCACCGCCGCGGGACGAGGUGACGGUCUGACGGGACGCAGCUGGUGCCGUUGGAUCCCUGUACAGUUUGUGUCGACUUAAAGCUAAAUACAAACCUUCGCCUCGGUGUACGAACAGUAACUCUGUGUUAUCACUAGUGAUAGUGUGUGAUAGUAAGGGAAACGCACUUUUAAGAAGUUGUUCCAACCAAGGAGGAAAAUGCACAAUGGUCACUAAAAAAGAAAACGUAAAUCCAGGGUUGCGUUGCUAAUCUCCAGCACGUGACGAGUGCUUCAUGCAGACAAUAUACCGACAUUAUACAUUGAACCGCUGUCUUCCAGAUGCCUUGUGACUUACCAUAGAAUGUAUUUUCACUUCAGAAGAAGCAUGCGCUCCAGAGACAUUCGUCAUGAUUGGAUUUUAUACAAUAAGCUGGUUACAUUAGCCUCAGUAUUUGGCAACUUUUCACAAAGGUGGGGUUAUUCAAAUCUUUUACGCUUGGAAAGAAAAAUUUCAGCAGUGAUACUAUUUCUAAGCACAAAUAGAUAAACAGUGCAUGUAGUAGUCUUCCAACUUCCUUGUGAUGGAAACAGUGUUAACUUACGAGAUCUUCCAUUACUGAGCUGACAGCCCAAGAUAGCCUCGGCAGGGGCACCCACCCCCGCACACCCCCUCAGGAAGUCCCCUCACCCCACACCCCCGCGAGGCAACACUUCCUCGCGGAGAUGACACAAUUGACAGUAGUUUAUUUAUUACCCUUGAUUCCUUUGAGUGUACAGGCCACCCCUCCCCACCCCCGUCCCCUCCCGCCCCGAGCCUCGCCGUGUGCCGCGUUGGGUGCCCUUGACGAGUUCACUUGUAGGGACCAUGGGACUACAGGGCCUCAGUGCGAAGCCUUUGCUCGAUUUUAUGUAGGAUACGCAGUCUCCACGAUGUAUUUAGAAUCAAAAGAACUGUGAUUUCUCUCACUGUACUUAUUUCUGCGACUCCUGUGUUUCGUUGUUGUUAAUUUUCUUGGUUCUGAUAAGUCUUUUUUUUAUAUAUAUCGUCUGAAACGCACCCAGUAGGGGAUCUAACAUAAGUAUAGUACAAACUGCUAGCCGGAGUGCUUCUUCUUUCGUUGUUAUUAUUGUUGUUUUUAUUCUAUUAUUUUUCCUUCAGUGCGACAUCAACUCUGUGGGGUCUGUACUGCCAUCUGGCGGCUCUCAGGUGAACUUUUGAGGCGCUCGUGUCGUGAGGAUCUGGCAGGUGUGGUUUUGUUCCAUUUAGUUCCUUUUUGUACCUUCCUUAUCUCAGCCGUCUUUUCACCACUUUCUUUCGCCCUUGCUUUCUCAUAUCACUUACAUUUUUCUUUGGUUUCAUGUUCCUCCUAAUUUAUAUUUAUAACCUUUAAUUUUUCUCCUUUUCUAGUUCAUGCAUUGUUGAGUUGUUUUUAUUUAUACUCUCUCUCUCUCUCUCUCUCUCUCUCUCUCUCUCUCUCUCUCUCUCUCUCUCUCUCUCUCUCUCUCUCUCUUUUUCCAUAAUUUUUUUCCCUUUUAUCACGUUUUAUCUCCUGUCUCUCCAUUUCUGCCUUCAUAAGCAUGUCAUCCCUUACCUUCCUUUUCUUCAGUCCAUCCUUGUUUCAUAUAACCAUAGACGAAAAUGAGAAGUUUAAUACUGAAAUCCCAUCCGUAUUUAAUUUUGUCUCUACCUCGAGUUUUAUCACCUAUGUUACCUGGGCAUCUUCCUCUUCUCACCUGUCUUGUUUACCUCACGACACCUGCGUCCCGGGAGCCACUGUGUACGUAUAUGUAUCGUCAUUUGUAGUGUAUAAGGUUAGAAAGAGAGGGAAACUGUGAGGUGUGGGAAGGGAGGAAGAGGGAGAGUUGACUUUGUAAGGUAGAAAGAGGUAAAUAGGUAAAUUGUGUUUGUGAAGUAAGACAGAAAGGGUGAGAGGAAAGAGUUUGUAAGGUAGAAAGAGUGAAGAAAUUAGUGUUUGUCGUGGUUAAAGGGAGAAAAUUAUGGUGUUUGUGAUGAGGAAAAAGAGAAAGCGAGGAAAAUGUUUGUUUGUGAUGAAAGACUGAAAAACAGAGAUAGAGUUUGUAAGGGAGAAAGAAAGACGAGAAUUAUUUGUGAAAAGGAAAGAGAAAGAACGAGAAAAAAGUGUUUCGAGUUUGUGCUGAAAGAGAGAGAAGGGAGAAAGAGAUUGCCAAUGGGACUCAAGAGGCUACGGAAAACAAAACACAAACUGAAAGUAGUAAGAAUGAGUUCCGAAUUUGUUUGAGCUUUAAAUACGUGUUGUGAUGUAGUAAGGUUGGUUGAAGGCGUUCCGUGUUGUGUUACUUUUAUCCUUAUCAACAAACAAUCACCACUUUUUGUACUAGCAACAUAAUUAUUUCCUGUAUCCGUAGAUCCACGCGUAUUUUUUUCGCCAGAUUUUUCUUUUUUCGGACCCACAAAGUUUUUAGGAGUGGACAAAGAAAUCUACAAGAAAGCAAGACGGUAAUGACGAAUCGAUGCACGUUCAGAAUGAGCUUAUUGUACACGUCUAUAACACGUAUAGUCCAAAAUUUAUACCAGGGAGGGGAAUCCGUUUUUACCUCAAGCCAUAUUUAGGGUGGUAUAAAGACCAUUUUUCUGGGGGACUUUUUGCCACUUUAGGGCACUUUUUAGGGCGUCCCCGUGGCGAAAUGUAGACAAGGGUAUUAGGGUAUUAUUUUACUACCUUCAGCGUGUUACUUCUCACAGUAGGGAGUAGACAACACAAGCAUUCCGGUUCCUAUAUUAACUGGUGUGUGGUGGAAAAGAGUGGCAGUGUCAGGUUGGUGGUUACUAAAAGGCAGACUAGUGCAGAGGGGGUGUGUUAAUUUGUCAAGCAAUAGAAGAGGCGUCAGGGGUUCCCGCCUCAACCUGAUGACGAAAAAGACCUGUCGCUUUGUCAAGUUCCUCCUCUUCUUGUGUCCUUUGUUCUUUUUUAUAUCAAUAUUUAGGAGGCGUUUUUGCGUAGGAUUUUACAUCACAGGUGGUCUUUAUUUUUCCGUGUCUGUCUGUCUGUCUGUCUGUUUGUCUGUUUGUCUGUCUGUCUGUCUGUUUGUCUGGGUGUUCCUGUCUCCCUGUGUGCGUUUCUCUCUCUCUCUCUCUCUCUCUCUCUCUCUCUCUCUCUCUCUCUCUCUCUCUCUCUCUCUCUCUCUCUCUCUCUCUCUCUCUCUCUCUCUCUCUCUCUCUCUCUCAUACAGACUCAUGUAUGCUUAUUUAUGUAUCUUCCCUGUAUGUGUGUAUGCAUGUACGUGUGUAUGUAUGUACGUAUGUAUGUAUGUGUAUAUCCUAUUUGCCAAUAUGUCGUACUCUCUCUCUCUCUCUCUCUCUCUCUCUCUCUCUCUCUCUCUCUCUCUCUCUCUCUCUCUCUCUCUCUCUCUCUCUCUCAGUAUCUCAGUCUCUAUCUUUUGACAUAACCGACAAUAAUCUCUCUCUCUCUCUCUCUCUCUCUCUCUCUCUCUCUCUCUCUCUCUCUCUCUCUCUCUCUCUCUCUCUCUCUCCAUAAAACACUCCAGCCACAAGCGGGUCCCAAGGUCGAGUGCGAGGCAACAGCAUCCUCCCCCUCCCACCGCCACAGUCACACUAACACAAUACGACGCUCGAAAGGGUACAUAUAGUCAUUCUUUCGGGCGUAAAUUAAAGAGCGACUCGAGGAUGUGAACAUUAGGUCUUCCCUUCGUGGUAUCGAUGGUUACUUCGUGCCAUAUUUUUAAGUGGAAAUUACGUAGGUCUUUUUAAUAUAUAUAUAUUUAUAAUUUUAUUUAUUAAUUUUUUAUUUUUUUGUUAUUUGAGGCAGAAAAUUGUGAAUUGGUGUUGUGUAUUUUUUACGUAAUUGGUCGUGUGUUGAUUGAAAUUCAGGAAGAUUUGCGUAUUUUUGUAAAGAAAUUGUAGUUGUGUCCCAUUUUUUUUUUUCUCUCUUCUAAAAAGAGUGAAUGUAAAGAUACAAAAAUAUGAAGGUGUUUCCGAAAUUGUCUGAUUAAAUGUAAUAGUAUUGUAAGAAUACACACACACACACACACACACACACACACACACACACACACACACACACACACACACACACACACACACACACACACACACACACACACACACAAACAGUAAAAUGCAUGUUAUAUUUAAUAAUGAAACACGUACAAAGUCUAAAACACACACACACACACACACACACACACACACACACACACACACACACACACACACACACACACACACACACACACACACACACACACACACACACACACAUGGAGGGUUCCCCGCUUGUCUCUCUUGCGAUGACAAUUACUGUUUUUAACGUUUUUUAUGCUGAUAGUUUUUUUUUCUGAGAUAUAAAUAGAAAACUACAUUCCCAUCAUAUUCCUGGACGUGUUUCGUUGUAUCAUUCGCUAUGGGCAUUCCUUACUUACCAUUCCAGUCUAGAAACAUCGUAUUUUUUACGUUAAGUUUAAAUAACAUUAAUGUAUAGACGAAGGAAAAAUAAAUACAAGCUAUCUUAAUCCCGUCAUUCAGAAAUAGUAGAUGUUAUUGAAUUCUUUAUAUUAUAUUGAAUGCAGAUGUAAUGCACUUCCUCUAUUUGGGGAAUUGUACAGUGUUGUAAAUAAUGUUGUAAAUACUGUGGAAAAAUUUUCGUAGUCUUGUAAAUAAAGUGUAUUGUUGACGUC